AGGCGAGAGCUGCGGGUAACAGAGGAACAAGGAGACAGACACGAGCCCCGGGGUACACCUGUGUCACCCUCGCGAUGACAAGAAGGCCCUCAGGACGGGGGCCGCUCACACGGGACGCGCAGUCUGGACGAUACACUGAAAAGCAAACUUCCACCGCGCCUAUGUGAGUUUGGAUUUGCCUGUUCCGUGGACUUACCUGAGCUGGAAUCGAUCGGAGAAUAAAGAGUUACUCAUCAGCUCGACAGAACGGGGCCGCGAUGAGUCGGAAAACGCGACGUUGGAUUUUAAGAGUUUUACUGUGUCUGGGGAUUGUUUAUUUGAAAAUUGGCGGUUUCUCGUCGGUGGUGGCCCUAGGUGCGAGUAUAAUCUGUAACAAGAUCCCCGGUUUGGCCCCGAGACAGCGCACAAUCUGCCAGAGUCGCCCCGAUGCCAUUAUCGUCAUCGGAGAGGGAGUCCAAAUGGGCAUCAACGAGUGUCAGUUUCAGUUCAAAAACGGCCGCUGGAACUGUUCUGCGCUCGGGGAGAGGACUGUCUUCGGAAAAGAGUUGAAAGUGGGUAGUAAAGAGGCCGCCUUCACCUACGCCAUCAUCGCCGCAGGAGUGGCUCACGCCCUCACCGCCGCCUGCACACAGGGGAAUCUGAGCGACUGCAGCUGUGAUAAGGAGAAGCAGGGUUUCUACAGUAAAGACCAGGGCUGGAAGUGGGGGGGCUGCUCCGCCGACGUCAGCUACGGCCUCGGCUUCUCCAGAGUCUUCAUCGACGCCCGAGAGGUCAAACAGAACGCCAGGACGCUCAUGAACCUGCACAACAACGAGGUCGGGAGAAAGAUCCUGGAGAAGAACAUGCGGCUGGAAUGCAAGUGUCACGGCGUCUCGGGCUCGUGCACCACCAAAACCUGCUGGACCACCCUCCCCAAGUUCCGCCAGCUCGGCUACAUUCUCAAGGAGAAGUAUGCCCACGCCGUGCACGUGGAGCCGGUCAAAGCCAGCCGACACAAGCGCCCCAAAUUCCUCAAGAUCAAAAAACCCUACUCCUACCGCAAACCCAUGGAUACGGACCUGGUUUACAUAGACAAAUCUCCAAACUACUGCGAAGCCGAUCCGGUGACGGGGAGUUUGGGAACGCAGGGGAGGGUGUGCAACAAGACUAUGAUCCAGCACAUCAGCGGGUGCGAUUUGAUGUGCUGCGGGCGCGGGUACAACACUCACCAGUAUUCACGGGUCUGGCAAUGCAACUGCAAGUUUUUGUGGUGCUGUUACGUCAAGUGCAACACGUGCAGCGAGAGGACAGAGGUGUACACGUGCAAGUGAGGAAUAUUUAUUGGGGGAAAAUAAAUAAACGAGCAAACGGAUACGCGGGCAUUCGGAGAUGAUCGGAAGAUGUUUGUUUUUUUGUCGGUGUCGGUUGUCGGUGGCGCGGUGCUGAGCUGUUGAACUUUUGGAUCUUUUUGCACAUCUUCUCGGACAUUCCCGGACUGGGUUGGAGCGUUAACGUGGAGCAGUCGACCGCGAUGCAAGUCACUGAAGUGUCAUAUGUAAAGCUAUAGGGACAAACCUUAUAUUAAUAUGCCAUUUCAAAUUCCCGGAUUGAUGCUGUGGUCACGUUCCAUGCACAAAUGGCAUAAGCUGGAAUAUUUAACAAGACUGUAUUUAGGAAAUUAAUAAUGUUAAUUUAUUCUGUAAAUGAACUACUGACUUGGAUGACUACUACUAAAACGCUGGGAGAUUUCUAGCUUAUUUAAACGUUUAAAGUCCACACACUGGAUUAAUACCGUGCUGUAGAAAGAUGUCGGAAAACGGCUAAGCGUCCUGACCCCUUCUGCCCCCUUUUGAUCCCAUCAUGAGUUUGUUUUGCCACUGUUUGCUGCUAGUCCAGAGGAUCCCAGAGGCUGUCCGCUCUGCUGACCGCCUUCAAUGGCAUUGCUCACUUUCAACUGAUUUAGCUUAACACUGGACUUCACUGAUCAAACGCCAGCACACUUACCACUUUUGGUAAAUAAUAGUUUAUAGAGUAUAUUUUGUUAAAGGCUAUUUUUAUAUGAAAGUUUUAUUUAUGUUUUUUUUUUUUUUUUGCAUAUUCCCUGUACAAAUGUCGGAUUUUAAUCUUCGUGACAAAGCUAAUAUUUGUGUAUUUUGGCCCCUGUUGUCUUGCCAUAGAUGUACAUUGUAAAACUGUGUUCAAAAUGUGCUGCCUUCCAUGACUACUGAAUACAGAAAAUAAUUAACG